AUGUUUCUACUUCUUCAAUCCCCUUUCCUUCCACUUUCCCCCUCCCGCCCCUUUCCCCCUCCUCCUCCCCCAUCACCCCCUCCCUCCAGUUCUUAUCAGGCACGCGUGACAUUGCUGCUUCUCUUUUGGAUUGCAAAUCAAAUCCCUCUCCCCCUUUUCCCCCUUUUCCCCCUUUUCCCCCUUUUCCCCCUUUUCUUUUCACCCUUUUCCCCCUUUUCCCCCUUUUCCCCCUCUUCCCCUCUUCCCCUCCUUCCCCCUCCCUCCCUCCAGUUCUUCUCAGGAACACACGCCAUCGCUGCUGCUCUCUAUGCCGUUCUGCGACCUGGGGAUGAGCUGCUGUCAGUGGCAGGGGCGCCGUAUGAUACGAUGGAGGAGGUGAUUGGGCUCCGAGGCACACCGGGGCAUGGGUCGUUGAGGGAGUUUGGCGUGUCAUACCGACAGAUAGAGUUGACAGCAGAGGGCGGGCUGGACUGGGAGGCUCUCAGCACGCCAGGGGCAGUGGGAGCGAACACGCGCUGUAUGUUGGUGCAGCGCUCGUGUGGGUACUCGCUAAGAGAAACACUUACAGUGGAGCAGAUCGGUCGCAUUGUGGAAAUAGUGAAGGCCCAGAACCCAUCGUGUGUUGUUGUGGUGGACAACUGUUACGGGGAAUUUGUGGAAGAGAGGGAGCCAACACAUGUGGGCGCAGACCUUAUAGCGGGGAGUCUUAUAAAGAACCCAGGAGGCACGAUUGCCCCCAGUGGGGGGUACGUGGCGGGGAGGGCGGAUCUGGUGGAGGCUGCUGCUGCCAGGCUGGCUGCUCCCGGCAUCAGCUCGGGCGCAGGAGCAACAAGCGGGGAGGUGAUGCGGCUGAUGUUCCAAGGGCUGUUUCUGGGACCACAAAUGACAGGCGAAGCGAUUAAGGGCAGUCUGCUGGUGGCAGAGGUGAUGGCGAAUGAAGGCUUUGCCGUUCAUCCGCAGCCGCGGGCACGGCGGAAAGACAUCAUCCAGGCUGUCAUUCUCUCCUCGCCAGCUCGCCUCCUUGCUUUCUGCCAAGCCGUGCAGCGGCGGUGCCCCGUUGGAGCUUACAUCAAGCCCACAGCCGGGGUGACUGCAGGGUAUGAGUCGGAGGUGGUGUUUGCAGACGGCACCUUCAUUGAUGGCAGCACCAUCGAGCUCUCCUGUGAUGGCCCCCUCCGCCCUCCUUUUGCUGUCUUCUGCCAGGUCUGUGAAUUGGUGCAGCUGUUAGCGGUCAUGACAAAGGCGUCGGAGGUGAAACCGCCGUGUGCGACCGUAGCUGCCACAGCCGGCGUCAGCGGAAGCAUCUUCGUAGUCAUGUGGGGCGUCUACAGUGGUGUCACUGAUCCCAGAGAAUUCUCUCCUCUCUUCCGUGUUGCUCAUGUGACUGGCUCGGCACUUGGGGACGGUGUGAAAUUCGGUGCUCUCGCUGCUCUCUUCUCGGGAACCAGAUGUGCCUCUCAGCGCGUGAGGGGUCAAGAUGACUGGGUGAAUUCAAGUGUAGCUGGUGCGAUAUCAGGCACUGUAGUGGCCGUUGCAGUGGGCCAACGAGGAUGGACUCUCUUGCAAGCGGCUGCACUUGCAGCUAUAGUAGCAGGAGCAGCAGACCGGUACUUGAUAGGGCCAGUGGGCAAUCCUGAGGUGGUGGUUGUCCCACAACUACAAGGGCUUGAGAGAGACAAAGAAAAGAUGGCUCUCUCCCUCAAGCAGGCUCUGACCGUCAGCAGCUCCGAGUUCUGCGGCAAGGCUAUCCGCCAGGCCGCUGCUCCCCAGGCUGCCAAGAAUGUCUCCUUCACCGUCCGCGCCGGCGGAUACGAGGAGGAGCUCGUGAAGACCGCUAAACACAUUGCCUCCCCCGGCAAGGGUAUCCUCGCCAUGGACGAGUCCAAUGCCACCUGCGGUCUUCGUCUCGCCUCCAUCGGCCUUGAGAACACCGAGGCUAACCGCCAGGCGUACCGCACCCUGCUCGUCUCCACCCCCGGCCUCGGCGAGUACGUGUCCGGUGCUAUCCUCUUCGAGGAGACCCUGUACCAGAACACCACCGACGGCCAGAAGAUGGUCGAUGUCCUCUCCAACGGUGGCAUCGUUCCCGGCAUCAAGGUCGACAAGGGUCUUGUGCCCCUCGCCGGCUCCAACGACGAGUCCUGGUGCCAGGGUCUUGACGGUCUCGCCUCCAGGACCGCUGCCUACUACAAGCAGGGUGCUCGCUUCGCCAAGUGGAGGUCCGUCGUCUCCAUCCCCAACGGUCCCUCUGAGCUCGCCGUUCAGGAGUGCGCGUGGGGCCUGGCUCGCUACGCCGCCAUCUCCCAGGACAACGGCCUCGUCCCCAUCGUCGAGCCCGAGAUCCUCCUUGACGGCGCUCACGGCAUUGACAGGACCCUGGAGGUUGCCUCCAAGGUGUGGGCCAAGACCUUCUUCUACCUCGCUGAGAACAACGUCAUGUUCGAGGGUAUCCUCCUGAAGCCUUCCAUGGUCACCCCCGGCGCCGAGUCCCCGACCAAGGCCACCCUCAACUUGAACGCCAUGAACCAGUCCCCCAACCCGUGGCACGUGUCGUUCUCGUACGCCCGCGCUCUCCAGAACACGGUGCUGAAGACAUGGAAGGGCCAGCCCGAGAACAUUGAGGCUGCUCAGACCGCUCUGCUCAUCCGCGCCAAGGCCAACUCCCUGGCCCAGCUCGGCAAGUACUCCGCUGACGGUGAGGCUGAGGAGGCCAAGCAGGGCAUGUUCGUGGCUGGCUACUCCUACUAA